AUGCGUUUAGUGGCGAAAUUUUUUGCAAGUGCACCAGCGAUUGUUUAUGACAAUGAAGAAGAAAGUUUCAACGCGGACAUACCCCAAAACCAUUCAAAACUUGACCAUGGUCUUGUAUCAUCCUAUUUACAAGCAAAAGAUCGACAGAAUAUGAAUGCUUGUGAUAAAAUUUGUAGUGAAAGUGUAUUAAAUUUAUUAUUUAAAACGAAGCAUGCAUCUGGUACAUUUAUUUACUUGCUUCUGAUGAGAUUCUUGAUUUAUGCAUUUAUCGAUAGAAGAACAGCAGCAACGGAACGAAUUUCUUACGCUUGGACAGUAGCAUUUUUUAUUCGUUUCUGGCGUGCCUGGUUAGAUACGACAAACAAAAUUUUACCUUUUAAGCAACGUUCGAAACAUUUUAUUACAGCAAGCGCAUAUCAUUCAAUCGAAAUUAAUUGUCAUUUUCUAAUUUAUAUACAGAUGCUUGUUAUCAAUAAAACCUUACCAUCAUCAGCAAUCAAUAUUUAUCUGUUCAGUUCGCAACCGUGUGAAGGACUGUUUCGUUUAACAAGAAGUAUGUCCGGUACGUUUCAGUCAGUUGUUAACUUUUCCGUAAAAGAAUUUUUGGAUCGCGCACACAAGUUAACAGUAUUGAUGAACAUUAAAACGACUGAAGCUGCUAGCGGUGCGAAGGAUAAGCUUUAUUUUCCUCAACAUCAUAAACAGAAAACACGAAUAAAAGAUAAUCAAAUAAUUGAAGAUGACAUCUCAAAAUGGAAAGCAAAAGUUAUCGAAAAUAUUGUAUUAGAUGCUUUUAAACAAGCUAAAUUAAUGUUGAAAAAAGUUGGCAUUUAUCAUGAAAUAUGUCUGCAACAUCUCGAUACCAUACAAAAUCUAUCACAUUUCAUAUCUGAACGUUCCCGUAAACGAUUGUUAACGGAAACAAUAACAACGCUUGAAUCUGAUUUAAGCGAUGAUGAAGAAGCAGAACAAAAUAAUCAAGAUGAAUUAAUUGAUACACAUUCACACACAACGACCACAGCAAAUCAUGAAAAUAUCGAAAGAACAGAUUUUAAAAACAUGAAAGUAAAAGAUGCAGUAACAGAUAAGCAAACACACCAAUAUUUUGAAAUUAUCUUGGGAGAAAAAAAAAAUUUAUACAUAAAUCAACUGCCAUCUAUUUGUUUUCGGACACAAAAAAUAAACUAUCGUCUGACAGACUUUUACAUGUACAAGGAAAAUAAUUGUUUAAACGUCAUUGCUUUUUCUAACGACAAAUCACAUAUUUUUUCUUUGACCUACAGAAUAGUAGCAAACAAAUA